AUGGAGUCCGAAGAUCCAAAGCAGUGUUUGGUUGAGGCCGAAGGCAUGAAACGGCUUGCCUUCUGCGGCGUUGCCGUGUCGACAGUGGCCACGUUGGUCGCCAUUGUGUGCGUACCGAUGCUGUGCACCUAUAUGCAGAAUGUGCAGUCGAAUCUUCAGGAUGAGAUCAGUUUCUGCCGUACUCGUUCCGUGUCGCUUCGUGGCGAAUACACCAAGCUGGCUCAUUCACGCCAGGCCGUAAAAGCCGAACGUGAGAAGCGUCAAGUGACCCACGAAUGCUGCAGUUGUGGAAUCGGUCCAUCGGGCGCACCCGGUGCACCUGGUCCAGACGGUGAGGACGGUCGUGAUGGCAAAGCCGGUAAACCUGGACCAAACGGACCAGACGCUGAAGAAGGACAGAAGGUUUGA